AUGCCUCCCAAGAAAGCAACCGGCGCCUCCAAGAAGGCCGCUCCCGCUGCUCACGCCUCCUACCGCGACAUGAUCAAGGAUGCCAUUGUAAACCUCAAGGAGCGUAAUGGUAGCAGCCGUCAGGCUAUCAAGAAAUACGUUUCUGCGAACAACAAGAUCAACGUCGCUUCGCAGGCUACCUUUGAUGCCCAGUUCAAUAAGGCCAUCAAGGCCGGUGUUGACAAGGGCGAGUUCACCCAACCCAAGGGUCCCUCCGGUCCCGUGAAGCUGGCCAAAAAGGAGGCGGCCGCGAAGCCUGCCGCGAAGCCCGCUGCUAAGCCUGCUGCUAAGCCGGCCGCGAAGGCUACUGCCACCAAGAAGGCUAAGCCCGGCCCCAAGACCGCUGCUAAGGCCACCACCACCACCACUACCAAGAAGACUAGCACGGCCAAAACCGCUACCAAGGCCAAGCCUGGUCCCAAGCCUGGCGCGAAGAAGACUGCCGCGAAGCCCAAGGCCAACUCUGGCAAGGCCCGUAAGGCUACCACUGCUGCCCCCGCUGUCGUCGAGCAACCCAAGGUCAUCGGCAAGACCAAGUCCGGCCGCGUGACCAAGACCACCGCGCCACCAGUCAAGGCCGCCGCGAAGAAGCGGGCCACUACCAAGAAAUAA